AUGGAAUUCAAAGUUUAUAAAAAAUCAAAGUUUAUUUUAAAGAACCUUUAUAUCCAAAAGUAGUUUGAUAGAGAUGUUGUGGUUUUAUAGUUCAACUUAGGAGCAAGUCCUAUGAUUUAUGAUCAUCAAAAAAUGUUAUAAAAGGAAAAGCAUGAAACAAUAUAAGAGAUUAAUAAAUAAGAUUUUUCACCUUAUAGUCUUCAUCUUAUUAAUUAAGAAUAUUUAUGGAGUUAUGGAUGCAUAAAUUCUUAAAAGUAAUUUGAGAAAGAAAGUUCUCUUUAAGAAAAUGAGAAUAUGAGAAUUGAAAAAAAACAAGAUGAUAUGAUAUAUGAAGAAGAAUAGCAAUUUAAAGGUGAUUUAAAAAGAAACUAAAAUCUAUAAAUGACACCUAUGUCUGCUUCAAAAAGAAAAUUAAGUGGAUUGUAGAGUCCUAAUUUUUAAUAAAUAACAUCUAUUGAAAGAAAGGUCAGCGGGUUUUAUUUAGAUGAAUAGGAAAAUAAUAAUGAACUUAAUUAAAUAGCAGAAUAGGCAUUUAUGAAAGAUUAACUAGUCAAUCAAGAAGUAUGUUAAUUAUUUAAACCAAGAAAUUAAAAAAUUUAUAAGGGAAGGAAAGAUAGGUGAUUUAUUUGAUAUUUUAAAUGAAAUGA